AGCACCCCACCUACCGACGGAAAGAUUGUUUAUAACAUGGCAAUAGGAGUCAGCGGUGCUAUUUUUAUAGCUCGCAUUUUCUUCGUGAUACUGCUGUUCCAGAAAUAUUUGGUGUUCUCUGCUGAGGAAGAUGACCAUUUCCAUGGUGUCAACUACACUGUGGGCAGCCAGGAAGGCAACGGGAGCUAUGUGACCUUUGAUAAAGGAGGAGCCGAGGUGCCCAAUGUAACGGAUAUACAUCCAGGUCUUGUUGUCCAUAUUGAUGCAAAUGAUGAUGAAAUCAAACCCAAGGUUCCCACUAACAAGAAAAAGAAUGACUUACAGGCUAACCAAGAUGGUGGCAUUGAGAUAACAGAUGAACAAAUAGGAGUCAUCAUGGUGAUAGUCAUUGUUGUCAUGGGGAUACUGCUCUGUGUUGUUAUUGUUAUCUGUAGAAAAUCAAAGAAGAUAUACAGGAAGAAACACCCACUGGAGGAAGACCACAAUGAGCUUGUUGAGUGUGACGACUUCAACAUGGAAAGGCAGAGGUUGAAACCUGAAGACCUGCAGAGGAUGGAAUUAACGGAAUACAAAACAGAGGGCAAAGGAGAAGAAGAACCAAUGAUGCUGCAGUCAAAUACUAAGACAGGUGACUCAGGUGAAGCAUAGGUGGCGCUUUAGGCAAGAGAAGAUAUCCUGUAUAGAUGACUGUUUUCCUUAAAGGAAAGACAAGACACAAAUUGGCUUGGUUGUAUGAUGCUUGACAAAUGGUCGGUGGAUACAGAUUUAUAUGUACUUGGUAUAAAUCACAGAUUCACUAAUACCAUAUCCACUGAAAUGAUUGACUAUUCCAUGUUAAUGUGCAAUAAUUUUAAAGGCAUCUUAACACAUGAUAUUAUUUUUAACUGCUUUUCUGAUGUGUUGAAGAAAAUUCAGUUCUCUUGUUAACUGUUUUAAAUGUGGAUGAAACAAAAGUUUGCAUAAUAUUCUGACCAAACCAACUAAAAGUGUGGUGAAAUUCAAGAUAUUUUUUACUGAACUUAUGUUAGUUGUUCCAUAAAGAUCAAGCUCUGUUUUUCAAUCAGGGGUGUAUUUAAAAUAAUCAGGUUUCAAAUUAAGUGUUUUUUUUCUAACACAGUAGGUGUGUGUGAAUCUUUUAUUCAUAUGAUAAUACAGAAAAAACUUGAUAUUUUCACCCUUAAAAGAAAAAGCUUUUGAUAUAUUUUCAGACUUGGUAAAAAUU